AUGAGCGGAACAAUAAAUCAAUUUGGUCUUCAUACUAUUGAAUAUACUCUACGACAAAAACGUUUAGAAGAUCCACUUUAUAUAGCAGCACAUCCAGAAUCUCUUUCAGAACAAUCUCGAUAUUCUUUUGCACAUAAUACACCAUAUGAUAGUUGUACUACAUCAUCACCAUUAACACGUCCUCCUAUUGAUAUUGUUUAUGCUGAUCAAUUAGCAAAUAAUAUAUGGUCAAAACCAAGAGAAGAUUCACCAAGUAUAUUUAAAUCACGUGAAGGAGAAUGGUUUGAUAAUCCAAAAUUACGACAUACUCUUGAAUUAAAUUCACCUUAUGUACCAUAUGGUGGUUAUGUUCAUCCAAGACAACAAACUAAAUGGGAAGAUCUUUCAGCACUACCACCAGAAGUUUCUAAACAAAAACAACGAGAAAAAUUUCCUGUAGUCCUUAGUUCAAUGACAAAAUAUGUAGAAGAAAUGAAUUUGAUGGAAUUUGGUUUCAAAUUAUAUUAA